GACCCCUCGGGCCAGAUUGGUGAAACUGGUCAGGUGUUUGUGGGCGUAUACACCGCACAGAUCACGGACACCCAGCGCACCGACCAGGGCAAAUAUCUACGCGACGUACGGCCCGGACAACCGUUUGCUGCCAAAUACGCUCAGUUGGCCACCGAUACCGAGCCGUACGACUACUUGUGCCACGUCGUGGAGAAGGCUGUGAUGAAAGCGCUGAGCCAUCCAAACAUUAUGGCCUAUAGAGUGGUCAUUAAUUUAGGCCAACGAGCGAUACUCCGCAACAUAUCGGGCACUGAAGCGCCCGAUCACGCGGGCUAUCGGCGCGUGUUUCUCAUCAUGGACUACGCCGACCAUGGUACUUUGUUCAAGUUCGUUCAAAAGGGUAAACUAUACGAUCGGUUGGCUGUGCAGUUCACGGGAGAGUUGUGUUCAGCCAUGGGUUAUAUGCACGCCAAGGGUGUGGCCCAUAACGACUUGCACCACAAAAACAUACUGGUGUUCAACGCACGGGGCGGUGAGUAUAUCAUCAAAUUGACCGACUUCGGUAUGAGUAUAUCUAGGGCUCUUUACGGUAAAUUGGGUGUAGAGGUGUCGGCCGACGAUAUCCAAGAGAUGAUCGAGAACGAUCUAUCGGAGCUGAAGGGUAUGUUAAACUUUAUGAUUGGUAAAUGCAAUGGAAAUGCGCUGAACGAGGGCGUCGAUCUGACUCGGGUUAGUCAACUGUCCAAUGAGUUGUCGCGUACGCGGGAGCCGUUGCUGGAUGUGCUCAAGAGGUAUAUCCGAGAGUACACUAGUGGUCAAUCGGCACCAAUACCUACACAUCCAAACACAUCCAUAGGAAUGUCCACGAGUCCCGGUGCCGGUGAGCUGAACGUGAGCAGCAAUGAGUGGCCGGGCGGACUUGUAGGCCGUCUCUUAUCGCACGUGACUGUCGGCUCUACCGUGGUUAAGACACACACAGACACAGACCUACAAGACAUGGCCCGCAGGUACGGAAACCAACCUCAGGAGUCACCACAAUAUGCACUUUCAAACAUUAUGCACACCACCCCUAUCCCCACCCCUCGGUUCGCACCGGCCACCGGGAGGGCGCGAUACGGACGCACUAUGGCCAACCUUGUGGACCAAAUGGCAAGUCAGGAACGACUCAUAACACCGGCCACCGGUCAAAGCGUUGCCCGAGUUGGAGGCAUCCCACAGUAUAGCUACCCGACCCCACCCAUUACACCGGCCGCCGGUGGCCGCCGACCCCCUACUCCGCCCCCCAAACCGCUGAGAGGUCGCCCUACAUCGCCUCCCAAAUCGCUCAGAGGUACUCAGCGAUUGGCCGAACCAUACAGAGAGCCGACACCUGAAUUAGCGCCGGGAGAUGAAGAGCUGGCCCUGAAAGGGGCUGUUGGGGGAGUGCCCACAGUGGGUCACUACUACGGUCCCUCUGGUGCAGAGUAUACCUACCCGACCCCAUCCAUCACUCGGGUCGCCGGUGGCCGCCGGACACCGCCCCCCAAACCGCCGAGAGGUCCGCCGACACCGCCUCCCAAAAUGCCCAGAGGUUUGCCGACACCGCCUCCCAAACCGCCCAGAAGUGGGACUGUUAAGGUAGUGCCCGCAGUGGGUCAGGACUACGUGCCCACCGGUGCGACACCAAUCAUGCGAGAAAGUCAAAAGCCUUGGCCCCAACUGAGGGGUCGCUACGAAUUCGCGCCCAAUGGCUACCAAACCGGUCGUACGGGCGAUACGACGUCCGGUGAGCUGAACGUGAGCAGCGCUGAGUGGCCGGCCUUUGGCUUAGGACGUUAUGCAUCGUAUGUAACCGCCCACAAGCCGGUGGCCCGACUCCGGGCUAAGACCAAACGGGAUUUGCAAAAACUAAGAGGUAAGGGCUUUGAUAUCGGCCAGUCAAUCGGCCAGGGUGCGUUUGGCGAGGUGUUUACCGGUGGUUAUACGGAUCAGAUCGAGGUGACAAAGCGCACCGAACAGGGUCGCCGCCUGAGCGAUGUCAAAUCGGGCGACCGGUUCGCGGCCAAGUAUGUCCAGUUCCCAAAAGAUAGAGCGGCCAGCGAUCAUCUCAACCAUUUCAUCGAGAAAUGUAUAUUGAAAUCACUGCAACACGAAAACAUUGUCACCUACAGAGUGGCCAUCAAUUUGGGCCGAAAAGUGAUACUUUGCAGCGUAUCGGGUGACCCGUCGCACGACAUUGUCUCCUAUAGGCGAGCGUUUUUGGUAAUGGACUGCGCCGACCAGGGUACUCUCAAAGACUUUGGUGAUGCUGGUCGUCUCACCGAUCAGGUGACCGUGAAAUUUAUUCGGGAGUUGUGCACCGCCAUGGCUUAUAUGCACGGCAAGGGGGUCAGUCACGGCGACGUUCACUUUAAAAACAUACUGGUGUUCAGCACAUCCGGCGGUGGGUAUACCGCCAAAUGGACCGACUUUGGUCUGUCGGUGUCUCGAGACGUGUUCGCCCGGUGGGGACACGAGCUGACGCCCAGAGUGCUGUACAAAUGGGCCAAAGCGGAUGCCAACUUUCUUCAAAGCAUGGUGACUUACUACAUGUUGGCCACGUGCGCAAACAAUCCAGGUAAUGUUGGCACCGACAUGAGUGAGGUCAAGGCAUUUGACAAUGAAUUAGAGCAUUCAAAGGAGUUGUUGACUCAGAUCAUGCCCAAAUACGAGAUGUUUCAG